GGUUCCGGUUCCGCUCCCGCUCCCGCUCCCGCUCCCGGCGGCGAUGGCGGUUCCGGGGCUGCUGCGGGCGGCGGCGAUACUGGGGCUGUUGCGCGCGGGGCCUGGGUCGCCGCUCGCCGCCGCCGGGAAGAUGAAGGUCGUGGAGGAGCCGAACGCCUUCGGAUUGAACAAUCCAUUCCUACCUCAGACAAGCAGGCUCCAGCCAAAGGUGGCCCCCUCCCCGAUGUCAGGUCCUGUACAUCUCUUCAGACUUGCUGGCAAGUGUUUCAGUUUUGUAGAAUCCAUGUAUAAAUACGAAUUUUGUCCUUUCCAUAAUGUUACUCAGCAUGAACAGACCUUUCGGUGGAAUGCCUACAGUGGGAUUUUAGGAAUCUGGCACGAAUGGGAAAUUGACAACAAUACAUUUGUUGGCAUGUGGAUGAGGGAAGGUGAUUCCUGUGAGACCAAGAGCCGACAGACAAAGGUUCUUCUUGUUUGUGGAAAGAGCAAUAAAUUGGCUCAUGUGUCUGAGCCAAGUACUUGUGUUUACUCCUUGACAUUUGAGACUCCUCUUGUUUGCCAUCCUCAUUCUCUUUUAGUUUAUCCAACACUGCCUGAAGCUCUACGAAUGAAGUGGGAUGAAGCAGAACAGUCUCUUUAUGAUGAAUUAAUAACUGAGCAGGGAUACAAAAAAAUGCUGAAAGAGAUUUUGGAGGAAGCAGGACUGCUAAGAGCAACAGAAGAAAAGGAGAUAGAGAUACAAAAUAAAAAAACAUUAAACCUGGACUUCAAAACAGUGGAGAAGUGCAACAAGGAGUAUGAACAACUUUCCAAAGAAAUAAAAAAGCUUAAACAUUUAUUAACUCAACAUGGCAUUGUAUAUGACAGAAACUCAGCUGAGAACACAAGUGCUGAACACAGCGUGUCUAAAUUGUUGACUGCAAAGCCAACUAUUCUUAAUGGCUCAAAGGACAACGAACACUUGCGUGGAGACACGGGAAUCUGGAAUGACACCCUCUGAAGAAAUUUGUCUGGGAGAUGAAUCACAUAUUUGUAUAGCGAAUGGAGCAAAUUGAAUGUAUAUCAUGGCACUGAAAGGGUUUACCAGCUGUCUGUGAGUAUUUCUAACUCCGUAUUCCUGCACUAAAGCAAGGGGAAGAAAAGCAGCAGGUUAAGCUCUGGUGUUACUUAUCGCUGUCAGCGGUCACAGUCCAGUUUUGAAGAUUGCACAAGUUGUAAAACAUUGUUUGCUGAAAGUAGCCUCAUGCAUUGGCCUGGAAGACUAAUUCUGCAAUUUCAGUGUUGGGCUCUCAGCUUUAAUCACCUACUGCACAAACUGGAAUAAGAAGGUGGUAGGUAGAAUAUGUAUUUGUCUAAUGUAGGGGUGAAGAGUUUUAGUUCCCAUCCUGGACAAAUUAGAAAUCAGUUGUAAAGUAUGUGUAGCUUGUUGGUAUUUUGUGGGAAAGAAGAGAUUGUUUGUACCACCUAAUCUGGGAGAAGUGACAAAAUGAGAAGAAUGGGGCAAGGUGGAACAUUUACAUGCCAGAAAGUAAAAUCUGUAUGCUCGAGUUCCAGAUAAAUCAUAUAUUUUAAAAAUAGAAUUACUUUAAAACUUGA